AUGCGGGCGCACGGCGUCUCGGAGCCCGAGAUCUCGGGCGUGCUCGGCGCGCUGAUGGCCGUGUUGCACCUGGGCAACGUUGCCUUCGCCGCGCCGCCGGGCAACUCCGAGGGGUCCGAGGCCGUGCGGCGGGGCGCCUCCAUGGCCUCGCUAGCGCACGCGUGCCGACUGCUGGGGGUGGAGCCGGCGAGGCUCGAGGGCGCGCUGUGCCGGCAGACGCGGAGGGUGCCAGGCCGCGACGGGGGCACGAUCACGAGCCCGCUGCCCGUCGCGAAGGCCUCCGACAGCCGGGACGCCCUGGCGCGCCACCUGUACGGCGCGGUCUUCGGCUUCCUGGUGCGGCGCCUCAACGAGGCCGUCCGCGCCGCGGAGGCGGGGGGCGCGGCGGGCGACGAAGGCGAGCCAGAAUCCUGCCAGUCCUCCUUCAUAGGCCUCCUGGACAUCUUCGGGUUCGAGUUUUUCGAGACCAACUCGUUCGAGCAACUCUGCAUCAACUUCACCAACGAGUUGCUGCAGCAGUAUCCACAGCGCUUCGCGGCACCACGUCCAGACCAACAUUAUGGCAGGGACCCUCGUGGGCCUUUCAGCAAGAUCAUGCCAGUGUAUGUGCGAGCGCGACAGGUCUUACAGCUCAAGACAUCAACUUCAGCAAAGGAGCCUGUUCUGGGGAAACCUAUCGAUACCCCCAAAAAGUUUCAAAAACACUACCUGAGCCCAUUUCACAUAGCCCAUGCAAAAAUAUAG